AUGGAUCAGUCUGCGUCUCUCAUCGCUGCUCUUAACGCUGGGAAGCUGCCCUCAACGCAGCAGAUCGGUCAGCGCAUCGAAGCACUCCUCAGCUCUGCCUUGCUCAAUCCUGAUCAAAUAUCGGACGGCGGCGAGCUCAGUCAGCAAGGAAAGGUUUUACAAAAAGACGUGCGCGAUAUUUUGAUCGCAUAUAAGCAGUUGGUAGAAACGAAGAAUAGCGACAAUGUUUUUCAGGAGUCCUUAUGGCAGCUCUCCGAGGCCGACAUCUCCUCUACUUCGACGUCGAUGGAAGUUGAUUCUGAUCAAGCGUAUCAAGACUCACGCGCCAUCGCGCGGUCCCUCCGCACCUUGGUAUCUGUCGUGUGGGAAAACGUCUCUCAGGAGGGCCGUUCCGUCUUCCACGAUUUUGCCUCCUUCAUGCGUCUCGCCCUAGCAGAUGUCGCUGACCAUGUCGCGCACGGUGCCAGUGUCACCGCCGAAUCCCUCCGCGACCUCGACGAACAGGUUGAGGAGGGAGAAAGGACCGAAUUGGGCAUGAAGAAGCGCAAGGCCGAGGAUGACGCCGAGGACGUUGAUGUGCGCGUCAAGUUCGAGAAGACGAUGGACUCGACGAAAGAGGUCGGCUCCAAGGCAAUCGGAGCUGGCCAGGUAUGCGACAGGGCACAGAGUGACUCUGAAUACCACACUGCGAUCAAUACUCUCUUUGACCUCGCGCACAAGUGGAUCCACCGCUCAUUGGAUGCCGCCGGUGAUGUUAACCGCGCGACUUCCCUUGAGGAGUUUAUCAACGACCCUACCCCUGACAAGCACUUGAUCAACGGCAUCCGUGGCUUCCGCGCGGUACUCGAACGCCUUGCUGGUGGGAAGUCUCUUGAUGACUUCUUUGGCGCCAUCCGCGUGUGUGGUGUCGACCUUCAGCAGGACGAAGGCUUGCGCAAGUGGGCAGAUGCAUUCAUCGCGCAUCUUCGCAAGUGCGUCGAUGAGAGUGGGUAUGUGCGUUCGGACGAGGCAAAACAGAAGCGCGAGCAACUGCGCAAGGAGUGGAGGGAGCUUCUCGAUACCGAUACGGAGAAGGGCCAGAAAUGGAAGGGUGAUGUCGAUCGACUGAAGGAGGAGGCAAGCGCAUUCCAGACAGCAGCUGACCACGACGAGUGUCUGAGGAAGAUUAGGAGGACUCAUGAGAAGUUGGGCGAUGACCUGGAGGAUAGCCUUUUCGUGGCCGGAAGGGCAGGUAUGCAAACAAUGAUGGAAAAAGCGCCGUGGUUCUGGCAGGACGUCUUCAAUGUCUAUCUACCGAGAGUCAUCGAUAUGCUCAAGGAUAUUCCAAUUCCAAGAACGGAAUACAAGGAUAAGGAGGUCGAAUUUGUCCUGGAAGAUCUUGACAUCUCGUCUUUCGGCUUGCUCCCCGGUCACGCAUAUAUUCGCAACAUCACGGAUAUUGAUAUCAAGGCUACUUCCGCUGGUCAGGCCGACACCGCUGUCGGCGGCUUGACCCGCAUCUAUGUGCAGGCCCUCCAGCUGCAACUCGAAGAAGUAUCGUUUUACUACAACGACAAGACUGCCACUGUGGGGCCUGCAGAAUUCACUGGCGUUCUCGAAUUCACGCUGCCGCCUCAAGGUAUCGAUGUUGACGUUGUGGUUCGCACAAUCCCCAGCUCGCCAGAAGGUCUCAAAGAGCGCGAGCGGCAGAACCGAUUCCUCGACAUCCAGCGCGUCGAGGUGCGGAUCUCGGAUGAUGUCCAACUGACUGUCAAAGAGAGCAACCACCAGAUCCUCGUAUCCGUUUUCAAGCCCGUCAUGCUUUCGCGCUUCCGCGAUGCAUUGAGCACAGUUAUCGCGGAACAGAUUCGUACGUCUUUGGACUGGCUGGACGGGAUGACAUGGGACGUCGGGCGUCGUGCAGAAGUGUUCGGUGACGCGGGUCUCGGACGUGGCUCGAGCCUCGUAGCGGGAUUCUGGAGUGAGCUCGGACAUCUGCGCAAGGGCGAGGGCGGUCUGCUCAGCGGGUGGGUCGCUACGGGCACAGGUGUCAUCAAGAAUGACAAGGAUACGCAGUUCGCGAUAGGUGCGGAGCCGCAGGUGCUGUCGGGCGAGAAGCACGGGCCGAAGGGCACGUUCUCGGAGUCGGUUGAAGAGCGAUUCGAGCUGGACAAGAAAAGGGAGCAAGCGCAGCAGCAUGCACGGGGCGUGGCAGAACAGGUGAAGGAGGGAGCGAAGAAAGGCGUAAGGAAGGUGCGGUCUUUCAAGGACACAGUGCAUUCGAAGGUUGAGGAGGAGAAGAGGCGGCCUGGGUGGGAGAGCUCUGCGUUUGAUGUUGAUCAGUGA